GUGGAUCAAUGCACGAUUCUCCGCAUUCUCCGAACGCAUUGUUUUAUAGUUGAAUAACUGAUUCCGGAAAAAAAGAUCUAGUUGUACAUUGUUGAAAGAAACAGAAAAAGGAGAGAUAUAUUGUGACCUGAUUUCACGGGUUUUCUUGUUUUGCAUUUCACAGGAUAAUAACAUGUGGACUUAUUUUGCUGGUUUUUUAACUCAAUAUGAAGAUAACGCGGUAUAAAAAAUUGAAUAAAACGUUAGCUUUUUUCAGCGCUCACUAUAACUAUCGGGAACCAUACCAAGUUUUAGUAGAUGCAACAUUCUGUCAAGCCGCAUUAAAGAAUAAAGUAAUAGUAGAGGAGCAAAUACGAAAGUAUUUUCAAGUGCAAGUAAAACUGUUGACUACACAAUGCAUAAUUUUGGAAGCGGAAUCUUUGGGCCCUCCUCUAGUUGGAGCUACGCAGAUUGUCAAGAAAUUCCUUGUGCACAAAUGUGGUCAUGAAGGAAAUCCGAUCGCUGCGUGCGAAUGUAUAAAACAAAUGACUAAAGACUCUCGCUAUAUUGUGGCUUCGCAAGAUAAGGUAUUACAAUCCAGCUUACGUAAAGUACCUGGACGUUGUUUACUAUAUUUACACAAGGCAACACCAACACUAGAAACACCUUCGCAAGCCUCCAAAAAAUGGGUUCAAAAAAAAUCGAAAAAUAUGUUGAGUAUUGAUAUCGAAAAAAUUGAAAGUCUCAAAUCCCAAAAUGGAAUAAGCUCAACAGAGGAGAAACCUAAAUCGAAACGUAGGAGUCCCAAAAACCCCAAUCCCCUGUCCUGCAGAAAAAGUAAAAAGCAAUUAACUAAUAAUAUACAAACGUUAGCAAAUAGCAGCAAACCGCCGAUGAAAGCUAGAAGAAAACGGAUUAAAUUACCUCGACAUGUUAAAGAAAUUAUAAGAGAUAGUUAACAGAGUAUUUUAAUAAAAUUUAUGAGAAAAUGCACAUAUGGC